AACGCAUUCACGUCUCAAAUUCUUAUCGUACGCUAUAAUUGAAUUCAACAUGGCUUCUCUGUUCAAUCAAAAGACGCCGCCUGGGCUUUUCAUCGCACAGGCAGUCGGCAUCACGGCAAGCGGGUACCUACUGGGGUCAAAUGCAGGACUGUCACUCAAUGCCGUGCCUGCUGUGAUGCAAGCUCCAGCGCCUCUGGCGGCAAAGCAGUGGUUUACUCUCCUCAUCAACGGCGGAUUCUACGGCAGGCCGCUCGCCAUUAUAAGCGGCCUCGCAAGCGCCUAUGUUGCCUACAACCAGGACCCAUCCUCCCUCCCCUUCAAGCUCAACGUCGCAGCAGCCAUCCUCAUCCCUGGUAUCGUGCCGUUCACCUUUGCGUUCAUUGUGCCGCUGAACAAAAAGUUGGAGGCUAGGAUGAGGCAGCUCGAGUCGACCUCACUGGAAGACAAGGCUGUCGAGGCUGGUGUCGCGGAGGCUGAGACCACACAUGCCCUGAUCGAUAGGUGGGGCGUGUUGAACCUGGCGCGGGCAGGUCUCAUUGCUGCAGGCGUUCUGUGCACUGUCGUGGCAGCGCUGGACAAGAGAGAGGUCGUCGGUUUUAGUAGUGUUGGCCUUGCCAGCGGUGCGAACCGGCUUGGUUGAUGUAGGUACACGUACGGUUGACCUGUGUGUUAUAGACAGCACUGCGUACUAGCGGUGGCUCCAUUGGAUGAUCAAUGAGACCUCGGUACUAC